AGCAGAUAGCUCAAAAUCUCAACAUGCCUUCUUCUCUCUUCAGCCCCCUCAGGUCCCCAAAGAAAUCACUAAUUGAUGGGAACCAUCUGUUUCUUAUUAAAUGCAACGCGUGUUUUCUCCAUUUUUAUAACAAAAAUGAGUUAUCAUCAAAACCCUCCCAUAAAUCCGCUUCUCUUUAUGCACUUCAACGAAUUUAUUACACACAGCCGCCAGAACCGCCGCUGUACCUGUAACAACGAUGUCUUCGCCUCAGUGUUCAAGGAUUGCUCAACUCACAAGGCUGGUUCCUUGUCAAGAAGGCUUUGAUAAGGUGAUUCGAGUGUUGACUGAUAUCGUGGAGAAGCACUACCCUGAUGCAUUAGUGAUGGAGCAAAGCCCUAAAAGGAUGUGGGCUCUGAUUGCAUGCAACUGCAUCUACCAAUUUACAGGAGAUGUUAUUUCUGGAUCUCUUGCCCUAGCAAUAUUAAUAUCAUUCAUGGUCCGCCCUGAUCUGGUGCCAUAUGUCUUCAUCAUAUGGGCUACAUUUGUACUCGUAUGUGUGCGGUUUCAUAUUUGAACAACAAUGGCGGUGCAGCGUAUGAUCCUGAGACAUAUGCACAAACUCUAGUUACGUCAUUAUUCAUAGGAGUAUGUGGUUUUGGCUUUUCUUUACGACGUCAUCCCAAAAUAAAAUGU